GCGGUGGCCGCAAGUUUGUCAAAGAUGAAAGUGACCUUAUCAGCUCUGGAUACACACGAGACUUCUUUCACACCUUUGGUAGUCAUAGAGCUUGCUCAGGAUGUCAAAGAAGAAACCAAAGAAUGGCUGAAAAGCAGAAUUAUUGCUAAAAAGAAAGAUGGAGGUGCCCAGCUGUUAUUUAGACCCUUGUUAAAUAAAUAUGCGAAAGAAACAUUAGAAAAUCAGAACUUACAUCUUGUUGGUGCAUCCCAGAUUAGAUUGUUACUGGGGGCAGAAGCAGUGGGCUUGGUAAAAGAAUGCAACGACAACACCAUGAGAGCCUUCACAUAUGGAGCCCGACAGAAUUUCAAAGGUUUUGAUGACGACAAUGAUGAUUUCCUUACAAUGGCAGAAUGUCAAUUCAUUAUCAAGCAUGAACUUGAAAAUCUUAGAGCUAAGGAUGAAAAAAUGAUUCCUGGUUACCCUCAGACAAAGUUGUAUCCAGGAAAAUCAUUACUGAGAAGAUUGCUCACCGCUGGUAUUGUGAUUCAGGUGUUUCCACUGCAUGAUAAUGAAGCCCUGAAGAAGCUUGAGGACACCUGGUACACUCGGUUUACCUUAAAGUAUCAGCCUGUAGACAGUAUUCGUCGCUACUUCGGGGAAACGAUUGCUGUUUACUUCGGAUUUUUGGAAUAUUUCACUUUGGCCUUAAUCCCCAUGGCCGUCAUUGGAUUGCCUUACUACUUGUUUGCGUGGGAAGACUAUGACAAAUAUGUGAUUUUCGCCUCGUUCAACCUGAUCUGGUCCACAGUGAUCCUGGAAGUGUGGAAGCGUGGCUGUGCCAGCAUGACCUACAGGUGGGGGACGUUGGUCAUGAAGAGACAGUUUGAGGAGCCCCGGACAGGAUUUCAUGGGGUUCUGGGUAUCAAUCCUGUCACUGGCAGAGAGGAACCUACGUACUCCAGUUACAAGAGACAGUUGCGCAUUUACCUGGUCUCUCUGCCCUUCGUGUGCCUCUGUCUCUAUUUCUCUCUGUAUGUCAUGAUGAUUUACUUCGACCUGGAGGCCUGGGCCUUGGCGCUGCAUGAGAACAGUGGUUUGGAGUGGCCCAGCAUCAUCUACGCCAUUGUGAUUGAGAUUAUGAACCGCCUGUAUCGUUAUGCUGCCGAGUUUUUAACUUCAUGGGAGAAUCACAGAUUGGAAUCUGCCUACCAGAAUCAUCUAAUUCUGGAAGUUUUAGUGUUCAACUUUCUAAACUGCUUUGCUUCACUCUUUUACAUUGCUUUUGUCCUGAUGGAUAUGAAGCUUUUGCGUCAGAGCCUGGCCACUCUGCUGAUUACCUCGCAGAUCAUUAAUCAAAUUGUAGAAUCUCUUCUUCCUUAUUGGCUCCAAAAGAAGCAUGGUAUGCAGGUGAAGAAGAAGGUACAAGCUUUAAAGGCAGACAUUGAUGCUACGUUAUAUGAGCAAGUCAUCCUGGAAAAGGAAAUGGGUACUUAUUUGGGUACCUUCGAUGAUUACUUGGAGUUAUUCCUGCAGUUUGGUUAUGUGAGCCUUUUCUCCUGUGUUUACCCAUUAGCAGCGGCCUUUGCUGUGUUAAAUAACUUCACUGAAGUCAAUUCAGAUGCCUUAAAAAUGUGCAGGGUCUUCAAACGCCCAUUUUCAGAACCUUCAGCUAACAUUGGCGUGUGGCAGUUGGCUUUUGAAACAAUGAGUGUUAUAUCUGUGGUCACUAACUGUGCUCUGAUUGGAAUGUCACCACAAGUGAAUGCAGUCUUUCCAGAGUCAAAAGUGGACCUCAUUUUGAUUGUGGUGGCAGUUGAGAAUAUGGGAGUACCCAUGGGAGUGUAUCAUAUACAGGAAUGUCAUCAGUAAAGCUAAUUUCAAUGUAGAAUUUUUAACACCCCUGGUUUUUACUAGGAGGCACUAAACACCCAUUCUUUGCCUCUCUCUUUUUUUCAUAUGGAUAUCCAGUUUUUACAGCACCAUUUGUUGAAAAGACCCCUUUCCUCCUUUUGAUUACUUUGGUACCUUUAUGUAAAAUCAACUGACUGUAUAUGUAUGUAUCAAUUUCAAGACUUUAUUCUGUUGCAUUUAUGUAUAUGUUCAUAUCCUCAUGUUUUGAUAGUUGUGGUUUUAUCAUAAGUCUUG